AUGCGCGCGAUGUAUUCACGCAAUCCUCUCGCGAGAUCACAGACGUCAGCAUGGCGGUGCUCCUUGAAACGACGCUGGGUGAUAUUGUUAUUGAUUUGUUUACAGAAGAACGACCUAAAACUUGUCUCAACUUUAUUAAACUGUGUAAAAUAAAGUACUACAACUACUGCCUCAUCCACAAUGUACAGAGGAACUUCAUCGUGCAGACUGGAGAUCCUACUGGGACAGGAAGAGGAGGAGAAUCGAUCUAUAGCAAACUCUAUGGGGACCAAGCACGUUAUUUUGAUUCAGAGAAAGCACCGCGCAUUAAACACAGGAAGAAGGGGACGGUGUCAAUGGUAAACAAUGGAAACGAUCAGCAUGGUUCUCAGUUCCUCAUUACAACAGGUGAGAACUUGGACUACCUGGAUGGGGUCCAUACUGUGUUUGGAGAGGUGACAGAGGGCAUGGACAUCUUGGCCAAAAUCAACGAGACUUUUGUGGACAAGGACUUUGUCCCGUUUCAGGACAUCAGAAUAAACCACACAGUCAUCCUCGAUGACCCGUUUGAUGACCCUCCUGAUCUGCCAGUGCCUGAUCGAUCCCCUGAACCCACCAAAGAGCAGCUGGAUAGUGGCCGGAUUGGAGCAGAUGAAGUUGUGGACGAUACAGAAGGGAAGGGAGCUGAGGAGAUUGAGGAGAGGCUGAAGGAGAAGGAGGCAAAGACACAGGCUAUCCUGCUGGAGAUGGUUGGCGACCUUCCUGACGCAGACGUGAGGCCUCCAGAGAACGUGCUGUUUGUGUGCAAACUGAACCCUGUGACCACAGACGAGGACCUGGAGAUUAUUUUUUCUCGUUUUGGGACGAUUAUAAGCUGUGAAAUAAUCAGAGACUGGAAAACUGGAGAUUCCCUCUGCUACGCCUUUAUUGAGUUUGAAAAGCAGGAGGAGUGUGAAAAGGCUUACUUCAAAAUGGACAACGUGCUUAUUGAUGAUCGACGCAUUCACGUGGACUUCAGCCAGUCAGUGGCAAAGAUCAAAUGGAAAGGGAAAGGUGGGAAGUACACCAAAGACGACUUCAAAGCCUACGAGAAAGACCUGGAAAACCGUUCUAAACUGGCUCUCAAGGACCAAGUGAAGCCCAAACAAGACUCUAAGUAUGACCUACUGAUCGAGGAGGAGGAGGAGGAAGAGAAGGAGGGAGCGAGGAGCCAUCGACACUCUGAAAAGAAACACAAAGAAAAGCGGCAUCACCACCAUCACUCAGAAAAUGACAGCCGCAAGUCCAAAAAGCACAAGGACAGCGAGGAUAGCUCCCGAGAAAGAAAGAUGGCACGCCAGCGCUCUCGAUCUCGCUCAAGAUCGCGCUCCCGGGACAGGGACCACAAACACAAGUCUCACAAACAUGGGAAAGAGAGCCGGGACAAAAGCCACAGCCACCGGGACAGGAGCCGCAGUCGUGAGUCAAAGAAGUCCAGAGAUAAAGAACGGAGUCGACACAGAUGAAGGGAUUAAGAAGUUGGUUAAUUUUGUCUUAAAAUGUAGUCUGCAUGAAUAAAGGUGCAUAAAAACAUUGAUACAUCUGAAACUACCAGCUCUCUCUUUAAAACUUUGACUUUUAUAAAAAGUUGAAUACAUUUGAUGCUCAUUUGGGUUGACCUUUUUAAAAUGUCUUGAUAAAAACAGAUUGUGUAAUGUUUUUAUAUAUCCAUUAAAAAGUCCCCAACAUGU